UACAUGGUGUGCGCAGUUCGACAGUGUCUCUUUCUAAAUAUCUGCGCUCUCCGUCUAUUGACUGCUUGUAGACAAGAGCUAUCAACUAUGAAACAUGAAUAUAUUUCGCGCCAAGAAAUUGCUAUCUGCGAAAAGGAAUCAGGAAACGAGGGAGAAUCGCGACAACAUACGUGUUGUGCUCGAUAUGAGAAGAUGAUCGAUGUCGGAUACGGGAUAUCCGGAGAAAUCAUCCAGAUUGAUGCUGGACACUGCCGAAAAUUAUGUCCACGUCACGUAUCCGACGAUCCUGGAGAUGCAAGCCGACCAGCGGUGCAGAAAUGUUCGUCGGAUUCCCAUUGUCGUGCAAGAGCCGCAAAACUGGAGCGAGUGUCCACGUUGCAAGGUGUUCGCGUCAUCGAGACUAUAGAUGCCUGUGAGUGUUCGCCAGAGACGUCCUGCAAACGAGAAUCCUAUAUGCACCAUGUGCAUUCCGGCACGCCGCACCAGGCAAUUGUGGAUGUUGGGAUUUGCAUCGGCCAUUGCGCCAAAGAUCUGGGCUGCAAACCGAUUCGGAAUAACACAAUCAGCGCUAAAGGACCAAAUGGUGAUGAGAUUUACCAAGUAGUCGAAAAAUGUGGCUGCGUCGGUAAUUGUCAUCGGAUGGACCACAUGGAGACUGUGCUCGAUUAUAGCGAGGUAACGAUUCAAGAAGGCACGAACACGACUGACGUGAGACCCGUAAUCCGACAAAUAAAUGUCGGUCAAUGUAUUGGAACGUGUCCGGGAAAUGAGACGGAAACGUGUCUUUUGCGGGACAAAAAAGAGCCAUAUAGAUGUCUAGCUGGUCUGUAUUCGAAACAACACACUUGUACACCGGCCAGAUUUAAAGUGCACGAGUAUAGAACUCGACGAGGAGCAAAGAGGGAAGUAAUUCAAAUCACUCAGUGUGCCUGCGUUUAGACUGAAAUUAUCACUUCAUCGCGAGUGAUUACGAAUCAAGUUGAAGAAGACGAAAGAAAGAGAAAAAAGAAAAAAAAGAAGGACAGAAUGUCAGACCUGUUUUGCGCAUAUACUUAUGUUCCUAGAUAUGUUAUGUACAAAUCCAAUGUUAUGUCGCAAAAUAAAUCAAUGAUGUUUUCUUGAAUAAGACAAAUCUCCCUUGUUAUACUCAUUUUUAUUUUUAAUCCUCGCAUAUUUACCAUGAUAACGAAAACUUAAAAAAAAUAAAUUCAAAUUUUUUGAUGCUUCAUGUUGUUCCUUACAUUAUGUCUAUAUUAAGAUGACAAAUCGAUCUCUCUCUCCAGCGCCUGAUUGUCCCAAUUUCAGCAUCUCCUGAGAAACUGUUGACUAUAAUAGAGUCAAUCAUGCAUUAAUUAGAAAUUAUCCGGUAAAUAUGAUAUGAUCUAUCACGUACUCAAUAAUAUGCAAAUCUCUAUCGCUACAUUUUUUGCGACUUUGGCGUGUAACGAUUCGUCAGGUGGGCUGAUGAUAUCGAUUUAUCGAUAAUGGAAUGAUAUAUAUUUGCAUAACGCGAUUAUUAGUCAACAAUGCAGCACAGGCAGAAACGCAGAAAAUCGC